GCGGCCUUCUCCUCUUCUCCCGCUGACGUCAGAGCCGCAUGCAGCGGGGAAGACGGUGAAGACGGGCAAGAUGGCGGCGGUGCUAGAGCGCAGCUUCAUAGAGAUCUGCGGGUUCGAGAGGGAAACUCUGCACAGGUUCAGAGAAGUUACCGUAGACCUCGGUGUGAGUGCUCUCCCUGGUGGCGUGAAGUUUCCCGACAGCGCCGGAGCGUUUCAUUAUGGCGAGAGUGGGAAGCUGCUGUCUGUCACCAGCAACAGAUUCAUUCACUGGUGUACGUCUGGGGACUCGGUGCAGCUGCUGGAGCAGUCUCUGGACACCAACCUGCUGAACAACGCGGUGAGACUGCGGCUGAGUCAGUGCAGCGUUCUGCCCGGAGGAGUCCACAUCCAGGAGACACUCAACAAUGUGGUCAUCCUCGUCUCCACCAAUCAGAGCGUCCACAGGCUGCUGCUGCCCCACCCCUCACGCAUGUACCGCAGCGAUCUGGUGACAGAGCUGCACAUGCAGUCCGUCUUCACUGACGUGGGGAAGCUAAGUCUGCAGGACGCCGCUCACAGCGCCGUCAUCCCUGGCUCGCUGAGUCCCAGCACCGGCACGGCCUGGCUCAGUCAGUCUGGAGAGGCUCACUAUGCUCUGGCUGCCCCGGCCGGAGGCAUCGUGGUGCUCUCCCUGCCGCCGCACGGCACGCAAGGCAGUGUGUCGGUGGUGGAGCUGAAGAGGAGCUCCAUGAUGCGGAGGUUUUCUGGAUGGAUGCCGACAGCGAUCCGUGGGGAUCAGAGUCCGUCUGACCGAGCUCUCAGUCUGGCUGUCAGAGAGCUGGAGGAAGACUGCUUCAUCUUCGCUUUGUGUCAGGACCACAAGCUGCGCAUGUGGUCCUUCACGGAGCAGGCCUGUGUGCUGGAGGCCGACAUGUUGGACUACAUGCCGGCCUGUAAAGGCGUGAAGCGUAACCCUGGUAACGGCCACCGUCUGCGCCUGGCCUUCUCCCCGAACACGGGUCUGUGUCUCUGCGUCUACCUCGCCGUCCCUCAGAGGGGACAGUUCACCGUGCUGCAGCUGGUCGCCGCCGGCAACCAGCGCUACAGCCUCGAACACAUCUCCUCCCUCUUCACCACACAGGAGACUCUGGUGGAUUUCUCUCUGACCCCGACAGACAUCUGGGGCGUCUGGGUGGACGAAUCCAACGCCGCUGUCGUCAAAUACAUCAACUUUGAGGAUAACUCAGCGGGCCAGUGGAACCAGGUGUUUGUUCAGCCUCCGCCUGAAGAAGAAGUUCACAUCGGAGCAGACCAGGACCCCAGAGAAACGUACCUGGAGGUUCUCUUCUCUCCGCUCCGCUUCACAGCUUCAGCCAUCGUUAAAGCUCUACAGAUCUUCCGCAGAGGCUCGGAGAGGAUCUCUGAUCUGUCCUGGGACAGUCUGAAGAAGGAGGUGACGGUUGCCGUGGAGACCGAGCUGCAGAGCAGCGUGACAGAGUUUGAGUUUUCUCAGGAGGAUUAUCGCCAGCUGCAGGUGGAGUUCUGGUCCCGGUUCUACGCCUGCUGUCUGCAGUACCAGGAGUCUCUGUCAGAACCGCUGGGUCUCACCGUCAGCCCAAACACACACAUGGCCUGUCUGCUGAAGAAGGGCUUUGUGUCGUUCCUGCUGCCUUGUUUUGCUGUGGAUCACCUGUACCUGUCCUAUGAUGAGUACCUGUUCUCAGAGGAGGAGACGCCGCUCACCGAUGAGCCUGAGGUUGGGCGGGACGUCCUGCAGCUGGUGCAGUGCCUGCGUCUGGUCAGUGAUGCUGUUUCUGGAGAGAUGGCGUACGAGAUGGAGAAAGCUCUGGAACACCUUCAGUCACCGGAGAGGGCAGCAGAACUCGUCCUGGAGAACAUGCUGUCCAACGACAGUGAUAAUGUGAUUGAGGACAUCCAGAACAAACUGCAGGACAUCCGUAACCCGCUGGCGGCCAUGAUGGUUCUGCUGAGAGAGAUGGACCUGGAGACGGACUUGGAGGUCGGAGGAGACGGACACCUCACACCUGGUGCGAGUGUGAACACGAGGAUCAGCCUGUCUCAGCUGUACGGCAGCAGUUCUGCUGUUUCUGUCGUCUGUCAGGCCGUCUGUCACAUGACCAUGACCAGAGCGCUCUUCUGCAGAGACCUGCUGAUCCUGCAGAAACUCUACCUGCGCUUCGGAGACAACGUGUUUCUGGGUGGAGGCUCUCAGCUGCUGCAGCUCCAGCAGGAUCUGAUUCCUCGCUGCUCCGGCCUCCUGUCGUCUUAUUAUCUCCUCAAACACAUCAGCCAGAGCCUCGCCUCCUCCGUCCCCAUGGACAUCAUAGACGCUAACCUGCAGCACCUCACCGUGUUGCAGCUGUCGGACACUCCAGCUCUGUCCUGCAACAGAUCAGUGCUGAGUCCUCAGACGGUGGUGGAGCUCUUCUAUCAGACUGUAGGCAGGAAGUUGAUCAUCUCCCAGAUGUACAGCCAGCAGCAGCAGGGGAGCUCUCUGCUGCUCUGGACUCACAGCAUCUCCAACGUGGUCAACCUGCUCGCUCAGCUGCUCUGGCCCAGUAACCCUGGUUUCCAGUUCCCUGAGUGUCUGAUGGCCAACUGUCAGUACACACAGCUGCAGGAGUACGUGCGUCUGAUUGGUCCGUGGUGUCAGGUGAACAUCGGCUCGUGUCGCUUCAUGCUGGGUCAGUGUUACCUGGCCAACGGGGAGGGACAGAAGGCUCUGCAGUGCUUCCAGGAAGCAGCGACCGAGGUGGAGAAGGAGGACUUCCUGUUGAGACUGACGGGCAGCGAGGACGAAGAUGCUGCCUCCACGCCCAGAUUACAGUACUACAACAAGGUGCUGCGUCUCCUGGAGGAUGUGGGUCUCCCUGAACUUGUCAUCCAGUUGGCUUCUCUGGCGAUCACAGAGGCUGCCAGCGACAUCAACAGUCAGGCGGCUCUGUGGACUCGGAUCUUCAAACAUCACCUGGACCUGGGACACAACGCUGAAGCUUACGAAGCGCUCACACAGAACCCUGACUGCAGCAUGCAACUGGAUUGUCUCCGUCAGCUGGUGGUGGUUCUGUGUGAACGCUCUCAGCUCCAGGAUUUAGUCCAGUUCUCCUACGUCAACCUGCACGACCAGGUGGUCGGUAUCAUCGAGUCUCGGGCCAGAAGUCUGGAUCUGCUGAGUCAUAAUUACUACGAGCUGCUGUACGCCUUCCACAUCAACAGACACAACUACAGGAAAGCGGGGACGGUGAUGUUUGAGUUGGGGAUGCGUCUGGGCAGAGAGGUGCGGACUCGGCUGGGUCUCCAGAAACAGGUCAACUGUUACCUGGCUGCUCUCAACUGUCUCCGCCUCAUCAGACCUGAAUAUGCCUGGAUCGUCCAGCCAGCUGCUGGAGCCACGUACGAGCGUCCCGGAGCGUCUCCGAAGAGGAACUCUGACGGAGAGUUUUCUUCUGAACCAGUGAAACGUCAGGUGGACAUCCUGGAACUUAAGGACCUGGAGAAGGAGUACAUCCUGUCCCGCAGCCGCCUCACGCUCGCCCAGCACCACCCGCCAUCCGCCGCCAUCGCCGGCAGUGCGUCCCCAGUGGAGAUGGUGUCCCUGUUGGUCCAAACUGGACUGUUUGACUCGGCUCUGUCAGUCUGUCAGACCUUCAACCUGAACCUGACUUCAGUCUUCGAGGGUCUCACCUUCAAGUGCAUAAAGCUGCAGUUCGGGGGGGAGGAGACUCAGAAUGAAGCCUGGAGCUGGUUGGCUGCCAAUCAGCUGUCAUCUGUCGUCAACACCAAGGAGUCCAGUGCGACAGACGAGGCGUGGCGUCUGCUCUCCUCCUACCUGGAGCUCCAUCCGUCCUCUAACGGUGAGCAUCACCGCUGCGUCAUCAACAAGUUGCUGUCACACGCCGUGCCGCUCCCUGAUUGGCUCAUCUCUUCAUACAAGGGUGUGGACGCGGCCUCUCUGCUGCGUCUCUACCUGAACUUUGACCUUCUGGACGCUGCAGCAGAGCUGGUGCUGGAGUACAUCGACGCCCUGCUCGGAAGGGGACACCAGUACUUUGGGAUAGAGAGACCUCUGUCUGCGACCUCGUCCUCCGUCUGGCUGCCCUACACGUCCAUCGAUCAGCUGUUACAGACUCUGAACGAGACGCAGACCAACAGCAGCAUGUAUAAUAAAGUUCGGGACAAACUGGCUGAUUAUCACCGACUGGUGGAGCAGACGACCAAACGGCGACUCGCCACUCGAUGAUGGCUCGGCGACCAAUCAGAGCCUCGGCUGGAGCCCUGAACCCUGAUGAUGUAAAUAAACUCAGUGUUUUGGGGUUAACGUGUAAAUCAGCUGUUUGUGUUUAGGUUUUUUUAUAAUAAUUUGUACUCGUCAUGUUUCUCCAUCAGAAUGUAAAUUGUGAUGAAAUUAAAGUGUUUCUUGCAUUUCA